UUAUGUAUUAAUGUAUGUGUUACCAUUUACUCGCGUAUAUGUACUAGCUUAUCAGCUUGUAUACAGUCAAAGUCAUUUACAUAUCUAGAUCUUACUGGACGUAUUAGUUACAUCACAUCUUCAUCUAUUUAAAGCGACUCCAACUGUUAAUAUCGUUAAAAUAUUAAUUACAUAAAAUUCGACAUACUCAACCUUCAUGGAUAAACUCGUUUGCGUUCCCGACUUUGAAAAAGAAGCCCACAAGUUGCUGGAUAAUAACUCGUUGCAAUACUACAAAAGUGGUGCAGAUGAUGAAAUAACCCUGCAGGAGAACAAGAACGCUUUUAAAAGAUGGCUAAUAAAACCACGAAUGCUCCGAGAUGUAUCCAAUCGAACAACAAAGACCAUGGUUUUGGGAAAGCCCGUGGCUUUCCCUCUGGGCCUUUCACCCACGGCCAUGCAACGCUUAGCUCAUCCAAACGGAGAAUGUGCAAAUGCCCAAGCUGCAGCUUCAAUGGGUACCAUAUUCAUUUUGUCAACUAUUGCCACGAGUAGCAUUGAGGAAGUCGCUGGAGCAGCUCCGAAUGGGAGAAAAUGGUAUCAGCUAUACGUCUACAAGGAUAGAAGCCUCAGUCUCAGCAUGAUCCAGCGAGCAGAGAAAUGUGGAUUCGAAGCUAUCGUUCUUACGGUUGAUGCACCUUACUUCGGAAAGCGCAGGUCAAAUAUCAGGGACGCAUUCAAGUUACCACCAAAUUUGAGAUUGGCUAAUUUUCAAGAAAGCUCUAAGCAUUCGGAUGCAAUGUCUGGUAAGAUAGGAUCUGCUUUUGCAUACCACGACACCCUUCUUGACCAAAGCUUAACCUGGAAGGAUGUCAAAUGGCUGAAAAGUGUGACCAAGCUACCUAUAAUUGUGAAAGGGAUCAUGACUUCAGAGGAUGCAGAGUUGGCAUGCUCUUUUGGUGUAGCCGGAGUUUUUGUGUCGAACCAUGGUGCACGACAAAUCGACACCGUUAAUCCUACAAUUGACGUGCUACCUGAAAUCGUGAAACAAGUGAAAGGACGAUGCGAGAUUUAUCUGGAUGGUGGUGUCACGACUGGAGGGGAUGUUUUUAAAGCAAUAGCAUUGGGUGCCAACAUGGUUUUCGCAGGACGCCCAUUCCUGUGGGGUUUGACAGUGGGUGGAGAAGCUGGAGCUCAAAAAAUUUUGCAGAUAUUCAAAGACGAGUUGGACUUGAUGAUGGCAUUGACUGGUGUCUCAUCAAUGAGUGAGCUGACUUCAGACUUUGUCACAAAAGACUGGAAGUCUCACCUGUAGCAAGUUCCAAUGCGACAUCAUACCUAAUCCCAAGUUAUGCAAGUGAAUGUUGAAUUUCUAUAAUAAACUUUACAAAUUCGGCAAGAGA